CGAAACCUUUCGAACGCGGUCUUGCCUACCAUCGUUUCUCUCGACGCGUCGUUUCCAGAUGUCCAAAUUUCCUCAAUCAAGGACUAUGAGUACUGUGGAGAAGUUCACUGAAGAUUAUCAGUCUUUCUUGCCAUGGAUGUUCAUCGCGAACGUCGCGAUGCUCUGCACGCUCUCGUGUAUCUUGAUCAGUUACUUCGCUGGUCCGACCCUUUUACGUCUCUAUCGUGCGAAACAGGGAGCGAGUAAACCUCCCAGGUUGGGGAUCGACACUUCACAUCUCACGCCACCAUCAUCCACGCUACACCAACCCAUCCCUCAUACAGCAAGUCCCAACAAACUCCACCUCGACCAUAACCAUGAGCGAGACGAGUACAACGCCCGGGAUUCCACACCUGAACCCUCCCGCAUAACGUGGCCUGCAUUCAUGCCUAGCUCUAUCAACCCUUCCGAUUUCCGACAAUUAUGGCGUAACUCCAGCCCCUCACCUCCCCCUCCAUACAUCCCACCCGAACCGUCACUCGACAUCAAAUCCGAGCCUUCGAUACCCACGGUACCAUCAUCUUUGCCUUUCCGGCAACCAACGAUGAUGCCUCUUCCGAAACGGAGGAAGACGAGCACAGCAACGGCGAAGGCGGCAGCAGCAUCCGCCAUGAAGAAAGAACGAACACCAUCACCACCUCUCUCCACCUUUCCGUUCUCCACGCCAUCCUCAAGCCAAGACUCCUCAUCUUCUUACAACCCCCGUACACCACCUCGCCCACCACCCCCUGCCCCUCUAAACGACUGGGCCGAAGUCAACUCGUGGUCCGGCUCGCCGCCAUCCAUGGGUUCGAGUCCGGAGCGUAAUCGUAGUGGAGGGGGUGGGAGCAGAAGAAGGGUGCUGAGGGGGUUUACGCCUUCUGAUUUGGACAAGGAGGAGAUGGAUGAGUUUACGGGGCGGAUUUGGGGGAAGCGUGAUGCUAUGGAGUCUAUUAGCGAGAAGGUGCUUAGAACGCCGGAUGGGAGGCGUAUGGAGAGGGAGGAUCGAUUUGGGGGAGGUGGUUUCUAAGAGUGGUUUGGAUCGAACGGGUAUAGUCGCUGGGAGGUUCGCUCGGAAAUUCGUGCGGACGGUACUCGGGUUGCGUGGCCAAUGGUGGGUGAUGCUUUCCGUCGAGCCCUUCUGCUUCUCUUCUUGACCUCCGCACCCGUAACUUCCUUGCUUUCUGCUCUGACGUAUGUCUUACCUCGUCUUGUUUCUGACCACCCCGCACAAAGUUGCCUCUCACAUUUUACAUUGCUUAUCCUCACCGUCCUGUCCUCAUCUCAGUCAUUCAUUUACCGCUCUAGCCUUAUGCAACCUCACAUAUUUCGUCACAUUAUACACCAUCGCGUACCCAAUCUUCUUGUUUUCGUCCAGACUAUCGACGCCAAUCAUCUGCAAUAUCUAUCUAUCUCUCAUCUUGGUCUGAAUCACUGUGAAUAACUUUACUCCUUGUA